AUGAGCUCCACCGACGAACAAAGACAAUCUGUUGAAUCUCUUUUGCACUGGAUCACUGAAGAUGUGUGGGCACACCUCGAGCAUUAUCUCGUCAUGCCGGAGGAUGAUAGAACGAAGAUGCCCUCUCCUGACUUCGUGGACGUUUUGCGAUCGGCUGGUCUGGACGAGUGGCUUGAGCCUGGAAGCACGCUCUCCACUACACCUCGCGAUGGGCCCCAGUUUUACCCACUCAUGCCUGGCCCCUCUGGCAAUAUGUGUGUUGCCAUACUCCGAAAACUCGCACAGUUCGUUAACUUUGAAGCAUACUUCGAGCGCGCCGCCGUGGCUCAGCGUCCGCCCAUGACAUCGCCGAUACUGGGCACCGACAACAACUCCGAACAUCCUCACCUUACUCUACCGGGCGCAGACGUUUCAGAUGAUACGGAGUCCUCAUCGUCGCGUAGCGCUCAAAUUUCGACGAUAGACGGGUCGAAUGUUGAAGGCGUUCGCGAUCUGCCCGCGGACUCGGAACAUGGGCAGUCCGCCCUUGCCGCCGGAAAAGAUGCGGCCACCGAUCCCUACGCAGACCCCUCUGCGAAGUUGGGCAGCGUUGUUGACCAUGUUGAGCUUAAGCAGCGUCCAGCUACCAUGACGGCAGCGCGGUAUCGUGACGUGCGAGGCGAGGAUGAGAGAGCUGAGGCAGCCGAGUUGAAGACGAUCACAAUUGGCCGAGAUCGUGAGGCGCACACGGCGAAUGGAGGAACGGACGAAGCGCCGGUGAUGGAUGCGAGAGCGCGGUAG